AUGAAGGAAAAACAAGUCCUCUAUGUCGAGGAUACCACUUUUACACUUCCCUGUAUCAAAAAUGUUGUUCUAGGUUUGGGUGAUCUUUGGAAUUGCCAUGAUUCCAAAUAUUCUGGCUUCAAUUUAUUUGCCAAAAAGUUCACCAAAGAUCAUUUGAUUUUUCAUCCAAUCAAGAAUCUUGAUUACCGCUUGAUCCACAUAAAAAGUUUUCAAGAUAAACUUUCGACUAUCAAAGUUGAUGGUGCAAUUUCUAUCGAAUUUUUAUCUGGCAUCAUCGAAGUAGAAGGGACUGGCGAAUAUAAUGUUUCUUCUGGCAAAAGUGCUAACGAAGAAAAACUUAUUUGCCAGUAUCAUCUAGAUAAUUAUUCCAUUGAAUUACUUCCCUGCUCAAAGGACAUAAUGGAUGAAUCUGUCAAAAAUCAGCUUCUCAAUAACCAGAUCAAGGCAACGCAUGUCGUACAUAGUAUAAUCAUAGGAGCCGAAGUAAAAGCAGAUAUAAGAAUUAGACAAAUCGAUACAGCUAGAGACAAGACUAUCGAAGGCAACUUUUUUGGAAACAUUCCGUGUGGUUAUGUGAAUGCUUCUCUAAAGGCCAGUCUCGAGCUUCUAGAUGCGAUGAAAGUUAGCAAUUUCGAAAAACGAAUUACUCUUCACUCAAAGCCGCAAAUGCAUCAACAACCGUCGACCAUAAACCAAAUGUUUGAAUUGAUAGAGAAGGUGGACACGCAGGUUUCGAAGGAACAGCAUUUCAAAUUCCUUGAUCCAGAUAUUACUGGUGUUCCCCAUCGGUUUGUGCUUGUGCCUAUCACCCAGUUUCUGGACAUAAAAGUUGAAAAACUUUAUAAACAACUAAACGACAACACUAUUAGUAAUUUCCGAACGAUGCUUGUGACGCUUGAAGAUUUUCGGACCCCUGAAUAUGUCAAGAGAUACGUUCUAGAAAACGAAAAUCGUCUACAAGUUAUCUUGUCGGAUCCUCAAUCGAAACUAUCAAAGGAAAUUUUAGCGUAUGAAAAGGAAUUGAAAACAACAUCCAACCAUUAUUUUGAACGAGCCUACGAGACGUUGCAAACAUACAAGCUAGCAGAAAGUAAUUCUGAACAGCUUCUUCAAAUUGUGCAUGACUUUGAUAAAUGCGAGUACAGCGCAAUGAAUGUAUACUCAAAUAUUGAGACUUUUGUCUCAAUGGGGAAGCGCGAGCUCAUUGAUGUACGUGAGAAUGACGCGAUCAUUAUGAAAGCCAAAAUUUCGUUUUUUCCAAGUUUAGACGUGCUUGACCGAUGGAUUUAUCCAGAAAGUAAUAUCAAAAUACUAUUGUAUACUAAGGGAAAUUCUCCUGAUGGUGCAUUUCGGCGACUAUUCAAUAUCAGCAAUGCUCUCCAAAAGCUUGGAAUUGAAAUUGGAGUUGCUUUACCAAGCAUUUCAGAUGAUUUUUCAUUGGUAAUCAAAAUUUAUGAAAGGAAAGAGAUCUAUUCUUCAAAUGAAAUCCCUCGAAUCCUUGGAAUUAUAAGCGCUGCCGUAGAAACGAAUACAUCUAUUGAGAACAGAUUUUACGCACUAAAGGCAUCACUUUCCAGGGUCCGAUUGCCACUUCAACCUGAGAACAUAUCAGACUUAAUCAAUCUAGUGUCUAUAUUACGAAAAGAUGAUAACGUCUAUGUUGCCCAUUCAUAUAUGGAAACUCUUGAACGGAUUAGAUGCGUUCACUGUGAAGAUACUCAGUGGAAGUUUUUCAUCUCUUUGGAUGCAUUGGACACUGCACUGGAUGCUAUUAAAAAUAUCAAUGUAUACGACGUCUUUCCAGAAUGUGAAUGGGUUGUUGGCAAUUCAGGUGUUCAGAAUUUGUAUGCAGCUCCCUUAUUAUUUGUUUUUCAUCAAGGGGAGGUAAAGGCAGUCUGUUUAGACAAUCUAGAUUUUUUAAUUCUCACUCAGCUCUUUGAAGCUAAUGCUGAUCCCGAUUUAUCGGUCUUGUCUCCUGACUCUCUUUGUUAUUCAUUUUAUCCUGAUCGAGCUCGCUUUGCCGUAGAAGUGAUUAAAAUCGUCAAUCAAUUCAAGGACCACAAAUUAGAUUCCGCAAAUCUUGGAAUACCCUUAUUUGACCAAGUUCCAGAUCAAAGCUUGACCGACGCAUUAGAUAUUGUACGCGGUGCACUUUCGACAAAAGAUUUGGACAUAAUUUCAUCAGUUGCUUGUAUCGUUGCCAGGAAUCAUAAUGACUUAAUCGAUCUUUUGACAGAACAUGGAUGGUGUAGAACUGAAUCAAAAUUUGGCAUAAGAGCAAGUAGAACAGAAAGCUGGGAAUCGCUUUGCAUUGGACUCGAAAAAUGGUUGAAAUCAAAAAACCCAUUUUUGGCAAAAGUUGAAUCCGCCAAGAAAACAAUUGAACAAGUUCACAUUAAUAUCGCGGCUGAAAAUUCUAAAGAAAUUUUCAUGCAAGCUAUCGACUCCAUUUCUAUUGAUCCGCAGUGUCCGGUUAAUACAAGAACAAGCAUUGAGAAUUGGAAAGAGUCUGAUUUCAAGUUACAAUGUUCGGAAAUGAUUAAUCUUUUGAACGAACUCUCUAUUAACCUUGCUAAAGAACACUUUUUUCAUGUACUAGAAAUGGCUUCUCUUUUGAAACAAUUGUAUCAACCUUCCAGUUACGAAUUUUCCACAAAUGUCUUCAAAAACAUUAUUCAAAAAUAUAUUAAAAGGUUACCUUUCAAUCAAGAGCCGUUCAAAAGUUGUCAGCAAAAGAUUACUGAAUUGAUCAGUUUCUUACCUGAACUUGUUUCACAAUUGGGAGACGAACAAUUUAAAAAUGAAUAUUACGAGAAACUCUGGUUGAAUUCUAGAUUUAUUUACUUGAUCCGUAAAUCACCAAUUACGAUACCAAGAGUUGCUUCGUUGUUGCAAAAGUCAAAUAUUACAGCGUGCCCGAGUUACGUACCGCAGGAUAUCCAAGAACACUUGAACGAAUACCGGAACAAAAUUUUCGAGCAUGACAAUAUUACAAUGCCAAAAAUAUUGAACAAUAUUGAUGAAGCGAUAAAGUUUUUUAAGCUUAUGGUCAACCGAAAAGAAAUACAUGCACCUGUUGAAUUCCGAUCGUUAAUUGAUAAUUCCCUCUCAAAAAAUGCAGAAUUAGAAAAAUCAUUUGAGUCUGCUGAUGCUUUAAUUUAUUGGAAUAAAGAAAAAAAGCAUUUGAAUGAACUUUGGGAUACUCAAACGAUUAACGAUGCACUUCAAAAACUUGUACAAUGGAAAAGGAAUUUGGAUACUGAACCAACCAAAACUGCCAAUUUCAAUCUUGUUUUCGAAAGCAACGAUACGAAUUUCAAUGUACACGACAAACAGGUAAAUGCGGAUAAAAGCUGGAACCAAAUAAUGGGUAAGACAAUCUCAAAGAUGUCAACUGUUACUUCCAUUACUUCCAAAUUCAAUCUUUUCGAAAGUAGCGAUAAGAAUUCCAGUGAAUACGAUAAAAAGGUGUUAAAUGUGCAUGAAAGCUGGAACCAAAUAAUGGGUGAGAAAAUCUCAAUGAUUGGAACAAAAGACUAUGUUAAAGUAUGCGUGAUUAUUCCAACACCAAAAAUUGAUGCAACUCAGCAAAUCACUUGCGUGAACCAAGUUCUUCCUUAUCUUAUGCAAAAAGUAAAAAUGUGGGGUUGCUACGCGCUUACAGCAAAUAAUAUCUCAGCUCUAAUGAUGGUAGAACGAAAAAAUAUUAAUAUUAAAUCUGGUCCUUUUGGAAAAUCAGUGAGAACGACACCUCCGUUUGGCCAAAAAUCAAAUAACCGCCCGCCUCUAGCUUCGAAUACACUUCAAUCAAAGAAAAAUUCGCUGGCUAGAAUUGAUUGUAUUGUUGGAUUACUUACCUCGGCUAAUUGCAUAGUAGCUCAAGAUAUUUUACGUAUAAUGGCCAAAUUUCCAAUGGCACUUCCUCUUGUGAUUCCAGAUAUGGAGCAUGAGAACGAAUAUAAAUUAAUGCUCCCCCUUCUUACCGGCCCCAUAAUCAAAUGGGAAUCAAAACCUGGAACAAUUGUUGAAAACCAUCUCUUCAGAAGCCCAUUUAGAUUACUUGUCGCUGUUCGACUUGGAGAAAACCAAAAAGCACCGGGAAAAAGUUCUAUAUUGAAUCAGCUAAUGGCAACAGAACACAUGUUUUCUUCUAGUGGUGAGCCUGGCGCAUCACGAGGCAAACCGCACACACUUUCUGGAAGUGUUGAAUUAACUUGGUUUAUUCAAGAAACUUGCAGUGCUGGUCUAUGGAAAUCUGUCAUGCAACCCUACUAUGAAAAUGGAACUACAGAGAUUGUAUUAUUAGCAAAUUUACAUGGUGAUGCCUUAAAAUAUUCUGAACAAGUUCGGUGGCUACAGCAAUUUGCAUCGUGUUUCUUGGUCUUCAUAAUGCCAGACUGUAAAGAAGAAAAAUGGGAUCAAUUUACCGAGAUCCUAUGCUCGGAAAAGCUUGUCUACGCCAUGGUAGAUCCCGUUGAUACCGAGUCAGAUAAUAUUAUCAUAGAAACUCGAGAUUUAAUGAAAGAUGAAACAUUAGGAAAAGUACGCUUGAUGAUUCAAGAGGCCCUUAAAUUUGAUUCCACGAAAAUCAACUUAGAAAAGAUUACAACGGGAAAGUCAUUGAGAUUAGCUGAAGGAAUUGAUUGUGCAGAGUCGCAACGCGUAAUAGAUUUUGUGAGAAAUAAAACAUGUCUUAACACUAAACAAAUAAUGCAGCUUCAAAAACGUUUGACAAAUCAGGAUGGCUUCGAGCUAUGGAAGAAUAAUGCUGACUUACAAAAAUUAAUAAAGCUUUUCGGAAUUGUUUUGCAUUUACCGCUUGAAAAAAAAGGAAAAGCAAUGGCUCAUUUGGACAGAGACCUUUAUCAAAUCUCAUCAGAAGAAUCAUCAAAAGCUCGAAAAGAAGUUAUAUUGUUGAAAGAGGAAUUAUGGCGAAAAACUGGGCUAUCAAAGAAAAAUCUGUCUCAAGAAAGAUUCAUUAAGGAUGAAAUAAAAAAAGCUUUAGAUAAGGUUGAUAGCAUGAGUUUAGGACUAGAACAUUUCUUCCGUGAAUUAGGACAAAUAUAUGAAAUCGCCCUUACAAAUCCGAGCCAAACUAACCAAAGUGUUCUGGAUUUUCCAGAACUUUAUGCUGAAUUGCUUAUUAACGGUCACGCCAUCGAAUUACUUGAUGGCGACGCUGGAAAUAUGUCAGGUGCUUGGCUGGCAGCGAUUUGCAACAAAGUCACUAAAAGAUUCCCUAAGCUGCGGGUAUUUAUAAUUUCCAUACUUGGGCUUCAGUCAUCUGGAAAGUCUACUCUUUUGAAUGCUCUUUUCGCUUGCAAGUUUGCAGUGUCAGUUGGUCGGUGCACUCGAGGUCUUUUUAUGAGGUUAGUGUUCUUGGAGAAAAAGCUUUAUGACGAACUUAAUGUAGAUGCGAUCUUACUGAUCGAUACAGAGGGUCUUGGUGCUCCAGAGAAAGUCAAUGAUCCAGAAGCAGAACGCAAAGAUCGUCUACUUGCAACCUUUGCAAUGGGUGUUAGUAACUUGACACUCAUUAAUGUCCUUGGAGAGUAUAUGCGAGACUUGACCGAAAUCUUGCAAAUUGCGAUUGUAGCAAUGGCACGUCUGGAAAAGGCUGAAAUGGCUCCAGAUAUCUUUAUGGUACAACAUCUUACAGAAAGAGAUACGGGGAAAACAGUCGGUGGUGUAGAUCAAUUUUGUAAAGCCCUUCAGAAUGCGUUAGAGAUUGCAGACAAAAAAGAUGUUGAAAUGGGAAUUGCAAAUUCAAAAUGUUUGAAAAAUCUGUCUGAUCGAAUACAAAAAGGCGAACUUCUCAAACAAUUUCACCCGUUCAAAAAUGGUGCAAGUGCCUAUGCGCCUCCUUCUGAACAAUACCAUGAAGAUAUCACCAAACUAUACAAGGAUAUACUCGAUGCUUGUAAGCAUUCACAUAACAAGAUCGAGUUCAAGCAAUGGCAUAAGCUAGUCCAAAGUUAUUGGGAAUCUGUAUCGCAUGAGCAGUUUGCUGUCCAAUUUAAAAAUGUAAAGGAAAUGUAUGAAUUUAUUGAACGGGGAGAGAGAAUUACAAAAGUUAAAGAGAAAAUUGAUUUGGCAUUUAGGGUUCAUGCAGAGCAAUCUUCAAUGAAUAUCCGUUUAAAGAUAGAAAAUUGGCUGGAGAAAAACAACCAGGACGGCCUACGUAAUGCUUGCGAAACGAGCAUCUUGGAAAAUUUAAACAUUCCUAAUAAUUGUCCAAUUCAUGAUUGUCAGGAAUGUGAAAAAGCACGAUCAGAAUGGAAUUCUUUGAAAAACUAUGUUGAAGGUAAAGAUAGUAAAACUGAUACGCUGAACACAAUCAAUCAUUAUGUCAUACAUACCCGCGAAUCUACGAAGAUAACACUCAUGCAGAUGUUUGAUGCUAUCUUAAUGAGUAAAGGUUGUACAACAGAGUUCAUGAACGUAAUCACAUGUCGUCUGAAAGAAGAAUUAGAAAAACAACCAGCAAGCAAAUUUAAUGAGACACAAAGAAAAACUAUCGCUGACGAGAUUUGGAAGUCUCUUCAAGAACUUGCACGCUCUAAAGAGAACGUUUUACCAGUUAAAAGAAAAAUCAGUAAAGAACUGGAAAUAGAGUAUGAAAAUGUAGCUGAUUUUUGUCGUCGAUUUCAAGAUAAUAAAAUACCACAAACGUUAAAUGUCGAAAACAAAAAAGACAUUAUUAAAUAUUAUUUUUCUUCAGGCAAGAAGUACGAAAGAGAAAUCUCGAUGCUUGAGGAAACACUCUCGGUGCUUGGGCGAGUUAUGCUGAGAGAAAAAAAUAGAGAUCAUUUUGAGACCGGAAUGGUACGUGAACUGAAAAACAAAAUAAAUGAAACAAUAACGAAUAAAUUCAAACGGAAUGUUAAAGAUUUACCUUUCUCCAUAUGGGACGCUCAUUUGUUUGCUCUGGGAAAGUUUCACGAAGAAAUGGAGAAAGCCCAAAAGAAAUGGGAUGAGAAAAACAACCCAAUUGUUAUACUUGAACAAAGGCAGCAUGAAUACAAAACAUUGAUUAAUCAUCGACUUUUAUAUGGUUUCUCAUUUGCUUCCGAAGGAACAAUUAUUGCUAAUUGUCUACUUCAGGCAAUCAAACUGAAAGCAGUUAACGCAGGAAAUUAUGAAAAAAAAUAUGCAGUGCUUAAUUUGAGUUGGACAACAAACAGUGAACAAGUACGACUCAAGUACUUUGAGAAAUUGGCCGAGGAAGUUCAAAAUGGAGAAACUGCUAAUGCAAUCGCUCACUUCAAGCGUCCUAAUCACCAAAUAGACAAGUGGUUCAAACAGAUUAUUGAUGAAUAUCCCAAUCAAGCACAAGGAAAAUAUGAAGAAAUUUUUGAAACCGAAUCUGAGCACGUCAUUACCAGUGUUCGUAAAUAUCAAAAUAUCGAGGAAAUUAAAAACUUUGUUAAACAUUAUUUGGCUCAAGUUGGAGGGGUUGAAUAUGAAAUGGGACAAGAUACAAGUGAAAUGACUGAAUCGGACUUAGAUAUGUUACGUGACACCAUGAUGAGGAGCUUAGAAGCUCAAAGGAAUACUGUUCAAUUUAGCCCUGUAUUAUUUCAAAAGCUAUCUGAUGAUGAUGAUGUAAUGAAAAGACUCGGAUGCACGACACACUGUUAUUGGUGUGGAGCUCUAUGCUGGGGAGGACGUGCACAUAAUGAGAAUAUGGACGAUACAAGAAGACAUCAUACAUGUCACCAGCCGAGUGGUUUAAGAGGAACGAAAGACAAAAACACAGAACAUUUAUUAGCAAUGCCAUGUCAUAAAACCCUUGAUGAUACUAUGGUCUAUUUUGGAGAUAAUCAGAAUGGGAUGAAAUGGAGCGAUGCAAAGAGCAAACAUUUUGAUGAUUGGAUUUUUGCCACCCAUGCCGACACUCAAUUCAAUAGUUUAAUGUGCUGGUUCUUUGAAAAGUUGCACAAAAAAUUAGCAAAUGAGUACAAUGAUUGUAAACCGGCAUUGCAAGAAGAUUUGCAGGAAAAUAAUUGCAUGAAUUUAGAUUAUCAAAAAAUUAUGUCCAAGCUCAAGUUAGAUCUCGGUAAUUCUAAUAAUUAG